AUGUAUGAUAAAUUUCUGAUAAAAAGGAAAAACGUGUUCGGUAUAACUUUGUUGCUGUUUAUUUCGGUUAAUAUUCUCCAGUUUUCCGAAUCAGCAGAAAUCAUUUGUGACUUUCAUACAACCGGAUUUCUAAUGGGUGGUUCAAUUGGAUCGAAAAACUUUUAUAUUUGCCUAGCGUCACUUCUAAAGGAUGAAGGUAUUGCUAACAUCACGGGCAUUAAUGGAGAACAUUCGGACAGUAGAACUCAUUCAGAUGUUGAAGCUAUUCGAUUAACCGAUGAUUGGUUGACCGAAGUACCAUCCGGCAUUGACAACUUUUUUCCAAACAUUGAAUUCUUAUAUAUCAGGGAAACUCAACUAAAAACAGUCAAUUCGAAUCAACUACAACAAUUCCCUAAUUUGGAGUAUUUGUGGCUACAUAAAAAUCAGAUCGAAACCAUUGAAGUGAACGCAUUCUCUCGUACACCAUCAUUACGUGUGAUCAAUUUACAUACUAAUAAAAUUUCUUUACUUGCAUACAACAUCUUUCGACCCUUGCAUUUGGAAGUUUUGGAUAUGACGGGAAAUAAUUGCGGUAACGAAUUAGCAGUUUUGCCUCAAACAGUGAACCGAUUAAUUGCAAAGAUAGAUGUAUUAUGUUCACCAUUACGUGAUAUUAUUAAUGAAGAUUUGAGGCUUAGUAGUCUUGAGAUGAUUCCAACACAAAACGACUUGGAUAAGUCCAUUGAAAAUUUUCAAGAUGAAAACAAAACUUUAAAGGAUAAAGUUUUAGACAUUGAGAGAGAAGUGAUAAAUCUUAAUUUGGCAGAAGCAAUUGAAAAUUCUAGGAACGACAUUUACAUAGAUUAUGAGGUUCCUAAAACUUUUCCAGGGAAUUUGAAAAAAAAAUCUUUCAGCACUCGAUCAAAAAUUAUCGGAACGGUGAUAAGAAAAGGUGAGAUAAAUAUGUAA